UCUCCCCUGGACCCAAAAAGUAUCCCAGCAAAAGAUAAGAAUCUUGUUCCUGCACAACUGUAUGUAAAAUCUGAAGAUGGCAGGCCACUAUUGGGAGCUACCAAGAUAGAUCAGUUGAUGUUGGUGAUUCAGGCAAGGGAUAAGGGUAUUACCAAUCCUAUUAGGCAAGCAGCGGACGGUAGUAUUCUAGCUUCUCCAGACUUUUCAAUUUCGAGAGAUAAGGAUGAUAUGAAUAGUGGAGUUUUACCAGCACCUGUGAGUCUAGUUGGAGGUGUGGACAAGCCUACAAAAGUGAAACCCCAGCUGAGUCCAGGAGGAGAGGAUGGAGAUGACGAUAGUGAGGAAUCUAGCAGUAAGCGGAAGAAGCAGAAAAAUCAGCAGUGCCCUUACUGUUUCAAAUACUUCACUCAAUCGACCCAUUUGGAAGUCCACAUUAGAUCUCACAUCGGUUACAAGCCAUUCGAGUGCAACUAUUGUCACAAAAAAUUCACACAAGGAGGUAAUUUAAGAACUCAUUUGAGAUUGCACACUGGUGAGAAGCCAUUUACUUGUGACGUCUGCAAUAGAUCGUUCAGUCGUAAGGGUAAUUUAGCUGCUCACAAGUUGACACACGAUAACUUGAAGCCUUACGAGUGUCGAUUAGACGGUUGUGACAAGUCAUUCACUCAAUUGGGUAACUUGAAGUCCCACCAAAACCGUUUUCAUUUGAACACAUUAAACGAAUUGACUCAUAAAUUGGCGGAGCUAAGUGGAUCCAGCUUGACCGCCUUGCCGAAGGAAGAGAGAGAUUUAUUGAUGUAUUUUAAGGAUUUGUACAAGAAUUCAAACAAGGGUAUACGUGGAAGAGGUAAGCAG